AGCGAUCGGCGCCAAAUGGCGCUACGGGGGAAAGUGGCGCUGGUGACCGGAGGAGCGCAGGGCAUCGGACGAGCUGCAGCCGAGAACUUGCUGAAGAACCAAGCCAAGGUUGCGCUGGUGGAUUUAAAUGAGUCGGUCGGUGAGGAGUGUAAGAGGGAGUUGGAUCAGCAGUAUGGGGAAGAAAACUCCAUCUUCGUUCAGUGCGACGUGACGGAUGGAGAGAAGCUGCAGGAGGCCUUCGAGCGGACAGUGGAGCGGUUCGGCCGACUGGACAUCGUGAUCAACAACGCCGGCAUUAACAACGAGAAGAACUGGGAGAAAACCAUCGAGGUGAACCUGACGUCUCUGAUCAAGGGAACGUACCUGGCUCUGGAGCACAUGAGUAAAGAGUACGGCAAAGAGGGCGGAGUCAUCAUCAACGUCUCCUCCAUGGCAGCAUUCCUUCACUCUCCUCAUCAGCCGGUGUACACGGCCACGAAACACGGCGUCAUCGGCUUCUCCAGAGCCCUGGCCGACGCAGCAGAGCAGGGCGAUUACGGGGUGAGGAUCAACAUCCUGUGCCCAGCCUUUGUUGACACGCAGCUACUCCGCACCGUCGAGCACGAAGAGACCAUGGGCAAGUUUGUCAAGUUUAAAGAUGAGUUCAAGCAAAGGAUGGACAAGUACGGGGUUCUUCAACCAUCUAUGAUCGCUGAAGGAAUGAUGCGCAUUAUAACCGACGAGAGUCUGAACGGAGCCGUAAUGAAGAUCACCUGCUCUAAAGGGAUCCACUUCCAUACGUACGAGCCUCUCUCAGCCUGAUCUGGCGCUGAUCCAGCAGAUCCCAACUCAGGGCCUCCGUCUACAAGGCGUGACGAUACCGAUUAGAUCCCGAUCGAGUCCAGAUUUCACCACUCGUCUUAACCGCUCCUGAAAUUAAUCCCACAGCAGGAUUAGGGGAGCGUAACACAAACCCUAGCUGGACGAUUUAAGACGCAGAUUAGGAUCUGAAAAGCGAUGACGCCAUGUGAGGAGAAAAAAAACCUGUUCAGUAAAGAUUAAAGAAACAGGAAUGAUGAAUUACGUAGGAUUCACAUGUUGAAACAAAGGGCUCGUCUUCUAAUAAGGUUUCUCUUUUACUGUGUGUGAUUAGUGUGUGUUUGUGAUGUCACUGAAAUCAUGUUCAUAAUUAUUCUUUAAGAAAACAGUUGCUAUAUUUAUUGAUGAUUUCAUUCUUUACAGAUUUUACUUUUUCAUUUUAUUAAAUCGCUUCAUUUUCGAUGCAGAUCGACCGCAUUGAGUAAUAGCCAGUAUAUUUCUGUAAUGCAUUUUACAAUGAUGUUUAUAUGAAAGUGAAUAAAGAGAGAAUUACUAUGCAUAACCUGA